ACAAUCAGCCCACUGUUCAUGUUCUUUGGUGUAAAGAACAAUAAUAAAUAUUUAUAAUGCGAGGCUUACCCAUUCUGAUAAGUGUAUCGCUUAUCCUCUUCUUCCUCCUAUUUCCGGUCAAAGUAGUCCCUCAAGACGACGGGCAAAAGAUCGACUAUGCAAAAUUGGACUUGAACAAGAAUCUCCUCAAAGGAUCGCGAUGGUCCAUCGAUAAAAUGAAGAAGGUUUUGGUCAAUAAGGGGGAAAAGGUAAAAGUCUACCACGCCGUGGAAAUCGUGGACAUUUCCAAAGUCGACGUGGACACGAUGAGCAUCCGGAUCGAGAUUCACAUGCGGCAAAGAUGGGAGGCCGACGAGAUGCAACUGCCCGACGGACUUUUUGCGGAUAACGACCCCCCAGAAGUUUUCAUUCAAGCAAACCCCAAAAUAUUGGACUCGUUGUGGUCACCAGAUUCGUACAUUCCGGUCGCGAGAGAUACAAAAAUCGCCUCCUUCACGGUGCAACAAUCCGUCGUGAACAUUUUCGCGAACAGGACGAUAAUUUACAAGGCCCGACUCUACACCAUUCUCGGCUGCAUGUUCGACUUCUCCUGGUAUCCGCUCGAUAAGCAAAUGUGCACGCUGAACAUUGAGAGCUACACGACGACCUCCGAGCUGGUAGAAUACAUGUGGGAAACCAAUCAACAGCCGGUCGUUUACUCGAACUUAAAACUACUUCAGUAUGACCUUCACUUUCCGAUGAAGUACGGAAACGGCUCCGCACUUCGGUGGGGUCGAGGAGGAUCUUAUCCCUACGUAAAUUUGGACUUCGUUUUCGAACGUCAACUCGGCCAUCAUAUGAUUCAAGUCUUCAUCCCGACCACGUUGGUGGUUAUCUUGUCCUGGUUUUCCUUCUGGCUCGGGCUGGACGCCAUUCCUGGCCGGAUAAGCCUGCUUAUCACCUGCAUGCUCACCCUCGUCACGAUGCACUCCGGGAUGAAGGGUGCCAUUCCACCAGUCAAUUACAUCAAGAUGAUGGACAUUUGGAUGGUGGGCUGCAUGACGUUCGUGUUUCUGGCUUUGUGCGAAUUCGUCGUUGUGAAAUAUCUCCAUUGGAAAAAGCAGAUUGCGUUGAAGGCCGCUGAAGAUAAGGAGAAGGCCAUGAAAGUGUACAUGGACAAGAUCAAAGAUAUUGAAGCAGCACAAAAAGGCAGCAAGGAUCGUGGGGGCGGAGGUGGGGGUAACAAUAAGCCAGCCGCGUUCAACCCGUACUUGGAAUUUUAUCGGAAUAUGGCGCUCCAUAAGGGUGAUGGUGGUGGGCUUAUCUAUCCCAGAGAAGCCUGGGGUCCCGGUGGCAUGAUGAUGGCGCCCCCCGGUCUCGCCGACUUUGGAGCCUUUGCUUAUCCACGCCAUCCCAACGACGAAAAACCGAAAGAGCGCCCCAGCUGGGUGAGAAUCGACCGUGUCUCCCGAGUCCUAUUUCCCCUCUCCUUUGGCGUCUUUAACGUCACCUUCUGGCCUUAUCUUAUCAUCGGGGCGGAGAAUCAGUAGCGAAAGAUAAGCCAUGAAAUGAGAUAAGCU